AUGAGUGGAAGAUUUCAUCACAGAGAGGAUGGUUCUAACAAACCCAGUUACCAAUAUAGAGGUAGAGGUAGAGGUAGAGGUGAAAUUGAAAAUUGGAGAGAUAGAAGCUCCAACUCCAAUGCUAACCAAGAUCGACGAUCUCAACCUGAAAGACCCAAUCGUGGAAACUCCCAAAACAGAAAUUAUGGGAGAAAAAACUCAUCUAUAGAUGGGCAAAAUGAUAGAAGGGACCAAUAUGACUCCCAAAACAGAGAUCAAAGACCCAUGGGAUACCCAGUUCUUAAAUCUAUUCUCGAGUUGGGCGAUAUUGAUGAAAUAAUUUUGAUGAUCUCUGAUUCCAAGAAAGGGUUUACGAAUCUUCUCGAAUCGGAUAACAUAACAUCGGACGUUAUGGUGUUAAUUGUCAGACUUUUGAGCAAAAUUGCUAGGAGUCCCAGAAAACAGCAUCUAAUAAAGUAUAUGAUGAUAGGAUCGUUUGUGCAUCAACUUACAAAGUAUGUUGUCUCAAUUGAACUUCAAGAGGAGAAGGAUAAGCGAUUUAACGAUGAAUUUUGGAAGAAUUCCGACAGGUUUUGGCAGGAAGUCACCACUGUGUGCCAGGUUUUGUUUGAGAUAUCACCGUCAACAGCAUGCAAUAUGACGCCAAAACUGUUGAAGACAUUGAAAAAAAGCAUUCCGCGAGUCGAGGAGGAGCAUAAGAUCCACAUUUCCGAUUCGAUCAAAGUAAACAUCGAAAGUUUGAUCGACACUAUCGACGAACGAAUAAAGGAGAUCGAAAACAAAAAACAAGUGAGAGAACUGUUGAAAGCGGACCCGACCUAUGAGGAAGUGUAUGUGCCUCCACCUGAUGAUUACCGCGAUAUAAACAUCUACCCCAGCGGCGAGGAGAUCACGAACCCCCGCAGAACCUUCUUCCUGAACAAGAACCGUUCCGUGGGAAAGUUCGGAAGCGUGCGCGAGUACCUGGACGUGCAGUUCCGACUUCUGCGCGAAGACUUCGUUGCCCCGCUGCGCGAAGCCGUUUGCAGCUACCUGGAGCAGAAGGGCGAGAAAAUCACCGCGGUCAAGUUUUACAAGGACGUGCAGUUCCUGAACGCGGAGUCGGUGACCGAGGCGCACUGUUACAGGUUGCAGUUCGAUUUCCAGACGGGCAAACAGAAGAGAAGGGUGGAUUAUGCGCAGUCGAAGAGAUUCAUGUUCGGCUCGUUGCUGUGCUUCACGCAAGACAACUUCAAGACCGUACUUUUCGGCAAGGUGGCGCAGAGAGAACUCAAGGAUCUGUUCUGGGGCCAACUGAUUGUUGGCAUGGAGUCCGGUGUUCCCAACAAUAGGCCAUACCUUAUGUUAGAAUGCACCGUGUACUUCGAGCCGUAUUACCAAGUUCUAACAGUUCUCCAACAAAUGAACAUACACGAUUUUCCGAUGAAAAGGUUUUUGGUCGAUGUGGAACCCGACGUUGGUACGCCUAAUUACGUUCCAGGGGAUCGUUAUAAACAGCUCCUCUUUUAUAAUGAUUAUGAUGAUUAUAAUGAUUAUGAUGAUGAUUAUGAUGAUUAUAAUAGCAUAUACAAUGAAAACUACACAACAUUUUGGCCUUUAAAUUUUCCAGAACAAAAUGUACACAAUUUAAACGAGUCGCAGCUGAAGGCUUAUAAGGCGGCCCUUAAAAAAGAGUUGGCCAUCAUCCAGGGUCCACCGGGCACCGGAAAAACCUUUGUCGGUCGCAAAAUCGUCCACAGCCUGCUAGAAAAUCACCGUGAUUGGUACAAUCGCAGCCCGAUUCUGCUGAUUUGCUACACGAACCACGCGUUGGACCAAUUUCUCGAAGGCAUAGUUCCAUUUACCCAUCAAGUUAUGCGCAUCGGCGGCCAGUCUAAGAACGAGGCGCUGAACGAAUUCAACAUUACCAACAAAAAAAGGAUUCAUAGACUUCAAAACAAAAAACGCAAGCUGCCGGACGUUGUGGGCGGGACAAGGAUAUAUUUGGCCAACAAUGCUAAAAUAAUUCAGCAAAAGAAUGCUCUAUUGAAAGAGGUGGAGUCGUUCAAUAACGUCAUUUCAUUUGAAUAUUUUAAAGAUAUUAUUCCUAAUUAUGAGGAAUCAUGGUUUGCUACUGCCAGCAACAAUGAUUUAAGAAGAUGGCUGAUGGAAGCAAAGCCUUCUCUUUAUGUGGAGGAACUUGGAAAAAAUCAGCUUGGUCCACAAACGGAACCUGCUCUAGAUAAUGAAGUUUUAGAAGAAAUCAUGGUCAUGAUGAUGAAUGAUGAGGAAAACAAAUUAUGGGAAGAUAUUUUUAAUACAUAUUACAAGAAGGAAGAUUCAAAACGGUUAAUAGAUUUAAAAAAGUUUCGUGACAUCAUUGAAAAAUGGAAGUUCGAUUUAGAAUCUCUAGUUAAAAAUCAAAACAACGAUGAUCCAAAAAUCGACGAUGAAAUUAAUCGACUUAACUACGAAAUCGAAGAAAUGACCAACGACUACAAUUUUUUGCAAGAAAAAUUGACUUGGGGCUCGCAGCAAAACUUCAACGUGAAAAAACCGGAGGAAUGCGACUUCUAUCCACCAGAUGAGACGCCACCCAAUUUGCGUUGGGACUUGUAUUUCCAUUGGGUGCAGGAGUUCAGAGCAAAGCUGAUCAGAGAAUUGGACUUACAUGCGGAAUGGUAUCGCGAUAUGUACAGGGAAUACAUCGGGCUUAGGUCGAUAGAGGACGCUAAGGUAAUGAGGGAACAGCUCGUCAUCGGCAUGACCACCACCGGCGCCGCCCGUAUGAACUCCGCCCUUCAAGCUAUCCAGUGUCCUAUAGUCAUUGUGGAGGAGGCAGCGGAAGUGUUGGAAGCCCACAUCGUCAGCGCCCUCACUCGGCACUGCAAGCACCUAAUUUUGAUCGGCGAUCAUCAACAACUGAAGCCGAGCACGGCCGACUUCAAAAUGGAGACCAAAUUCAAGCUGGGCAUCAGCCUGUUCGAGCGCAUGAUCAACAAUAAGAUCGAGUGCCACACGUUGAACGUGCAGCACCGGAUGCGACCGGAAAUAUCCGCCCUGGUCGCCCCCACCAUUUAUCCCGACCUGGUGAACCACGUUUCCGUGCAGAAUCGACCCUCGAUCGACGGCAUAGAGAAGAACGUGUUUUUUAUCGAUCACAGGCACCCGGAGUCACAGUGCGACGACUCCAGCAAGAAGAACAAACACGAGGCGGAAUUUGUGUUGGCCCUUGCCAAAUAUUUGAUACUCAACGGCUACAAGGCCGAACAAAUAACCAUAUUGGCGGCGUAUAUGGGCCAAAUGUUCGAAAUAAUAAAGCUUAGGGAAAAGGACGGGUUGUAUCUUCUAAGUGACAUAAGAGUUGCCGUUUUGGACAACUACCAAGGAGAAGAGUGCGACAUAAUCCUGUUGUCGUUGGUGCGCUCCAACACUGCCAAUUCCGUCGGGUUCUUGAAAAUCGAGAACAGAGUAUGCGUGGCCCUUUCCAGAGCCAGAAACGGUCUAUACAUCAUCGGUAACAUGGAGUUGCUGGCUGCAAAUAGCGAGAUUUGGCCGAAAGUAAAAGAAACGCUGGUAAAUCAAGAAGCCAUUGGUGAAAGCUUGCCCUUGGUGUGCCAGGUUCAUCCCGAUAAGAAAACGCUCGUCAAUUGUAGAGAAGAUUUUGAACAAGUCAGAGAAGGUGGCUGCGAUUUGCAAUGUAAUGGUUCGUGGCCGUGUGGACACAUUUGCAAAAUGAUUUGUCACGUGAUAAAUAGAGACCACGCUGUAUCGCGUUGCUUGGAACCGUGCACAAAGUUGCUGUGUGACUCGAACCCAGAGCACAAAUGUCGCCGAGAAUGCUACAGGGAUUGCGGUCCGUGCACGUACCGCGUGCUGCGCGAUUUGGACUGCGGCCACCAGGUGUCGCUCGAGUGCCACGUCGACCACACGAACUACAAGUGCCGCGAACCGGUCAAGACGAAGCUGCGCUGCGGCCACGAAGUCGACAAGCCAUGUCACAUCGAUGUCGAUAAGUUCGAAUGUCCGCUUCCGUGCGAUGUGCUCGUCAAGUCGUGCGGACACGCCUGCACUCAAAAUUGCCACGUCAAAAACGAUCCCGACCACUUGAAGUACCAAUGCAAACAACCCUGUCCGAAGUUCAAGAAAGACUGCACGACCAAAGCCGAUCACCACCGUUGCCGCAAUUAUUGUUUCGAGAAGUGCGAUCCGUGUCUUGUGGAAGUCCAGAAGGCCCGAACCGUUUGCCCCCACUUUUACAGGGUCGCUUGCAAUUCCGACGUGGAUCAAAUCGUUUGCGAGAAACCGUGCACCAAAACGGUGCAAUGCGGUCACAAGUGCAAGAACAAGUGCUCGGAGCCCUGCGGAUUGUGCACUUACAAGGUUGACAAAGUUGUUCCUGAUUGUGGUCACAAAAUAAAGGUAGCCUGUCAUGAAGAAGCCGAUAGGAAAUUUUGCUUGGGACAAUGUCCGAGACAGUUACCAUGCGGACAUACGUGCACAAAAAGGUGCAAGGAGCCUUGCACCACCGAAUGCAAAGAAAUUGUCGCAUGCGAGGUGAAUUCGCCUUGCGGACACGUCGUAAAACAAAUGCCGUGUUUUAUAUACACAAAAGUAACGCGUGGCUCAACCGAUGUGGACUUGUAUGAUUUUUGCAAGGAACCGUGCGGUGCGACGCUGAAAUGUGAUCACAAGUGCCUCGGUACGUGCAGCGCAUGUUACCAAGGUCGCAUACACGCCAAGUGUGCUGAAAAAUGCGGCGUUCCGCUGGUAUGCAACCACGAGUGCACGGAUCCGUGCCGGCAGGCGUGCAAACCCUGCCAGAAAAAGUGCAUAUAUCGUUGUCCGCAUGACAGAUGCGACAGAAAGUGCGGACAGGAGUGUACUCCUUGUGCACAUCCUUGCGAUAGAAACUGCGACCAUCAGCAGUGCGCCAAAAAAUGCGGAGAAAUUUGCACGGUGCCUCCCUGCGAAGAGCCUUGCGAUAAAAGGCUUAAAUGCGGACACCCCUGCGUCGGGUUCUGCGGAGAUCCGUGUCCAACUUUGUGCCGCAUAUGCGAUCAAGAGGAGCUCACCGAAAUAUUUUUCGGAGACGAAGACGAACCGGAUGCACGAUUCGUGCAACUCAAAGACUGCGGACACGUGUUGGAGAGCAAAGGCCUGAACAGCUGGUUUAUGCAGACCGACAAUGAGAUACAGGUGAAGGCUUGUCCGAAGUGUAAGUCACCAGUUAUCGAAACUUUGCGAUUCAGCGACUACCUGAAACAGGCGAUGUUGGACGUCGAAAAGGUCAAGCGGAAGCUCAACGGAACAUACAAUGACAACGAAAUGAAGAGAUUGGAACUACAUAAAAAAUUAUCAAAUAUAAAUUUGAAAGUCAAAGAAAGAACCCCAUUGAUUAAACCGUUCAUGCAAGCCUUAUUGAAGCGCAUCACUCGUCUACCCUCGGCGUCAGAAUUGAAUGCAAUUCAAGCCAAGAUACAAAUUUUGGAGCACAUUGCAAAACUUUGUCAGGUCGAUAAUAACGAUGAUUUUUUCAAGGAGAUAUUUGGCUUGACAAGGGUCAAUAAUAUUAGUUACCUUAUUGAGGGUAAAAGGGUAAUCAAUCAGGUCAAAAUGAUAAUGAAUGUGCUGGAAAACGACCGGGAUGAUCGAAUCUCCGACCAGGAAAUCGACGACAUAAAUCAGGAAUUGACGAGGCUACAGCGCAUUGUGCAGUUCGAACGAAUCGUCGCUUCUAAGCACUAUGCGCAAGUCAAAACUAUAGUAGCCGAACAUGUGCGCAUCAUCGAAAACAAUUUGUUUUCCAAACUAAGGUACACCAAUGAAGUUGACGCCAAUAUAAUGGAGAAUCUAAAAGAACUAAACACUCAAGCGGCUUCGGAAGUGCAAAUAACUGAAGCUGAGCGUCUCAACAUAGUUCGUGCGAUGGGCAUGUACAAGGGACACUGGUUCAAGUGCCCCAAAGGGCAUGUCUAUGCUAUUGAAGAUUGCGGCGACGCGGCGACGCCGGGUAAAUGUAACGAAUGCGGUGCUUAA